CAACAAUCCAGUCAACAAAACAAAAUCUUCUAUUACUGUAGUUAGGAUUUAAAAAGAUAAGUCAAGAAGCUGCUUUGAAAAAAAAAAAUGUCAUGAACUGCAAGAUCAUUCAUGUCAAAACUCAAAUAUGUUUAAAAAACGGUAGGGACAGCAUUUUUUUCAAGUCCCAAAACAUGUCAGGACUCAUAAACAACUAAGUGAAAAUGUAUGUAAAGAAAAAAAAAACACAACAAAGCGAAGAACCACGGGAAGAAUCAAUAAAAGCAAACAAAAAGCCAAGGACCGUGUUAAGGCACAAGUCAAAAACUAGUCAAAAAGCAAAUUGAAAAACAAAACUGUGAAAACUAAGUCAAGAACAACAUCAGGAACCAGUCAUAAAACUGUUUAAGGCAGGAGUGUCAAACUCAUUUUUGUCACGGGCCACAUUGCAGUUAUGGUUUCCCUCAGAGGGCCGUUAUGACUGUGAAAUAAAUAUCUCUGACCGCCUAAUCAUAAUCAUAUCUAAUAAUAUUGCCACAUAAAAUUUAUGAAGUAGUUUUAGAAUCACAAAUCAAUGGAAUGGGUUUUUUCACUAUUGUUGAUGUUUGGCAACACAAAAAUGCUCACAAUAUCUCAAUUUUAUCAUUUAGGAUAUGACAAUGAGAAAUUUUGGUGCACAUUUUAGCAAAAAUCAUGGAAGUUGUUGCACAUGAUUUGCCUCCGUGGGCCACAUAAAAUCACGUGGCGGGCCGGAUCUGGCCCCGGGCCUUGAGUUUGACCCCUGAGCCAAAAAUCAUGUCACAAACAAAACUGCAAGAAAACAAGUCAGGAACCAAGUCAAAAAAAUUGAGGGAAAAUAGAAAAUAAGACUCAAUCAGCAAUUCAGUCAGGAAUCAAGUUAUGAACCACAAGAACCACGGGAAAAGAACCACGUCAAGAACAAAAAUAAAAGUAAACACAAGUCAUGAUCCAGUCUAAUUAAAUAGAAAAUAAAAACAUGCUUACAACAAAAUUAAACUGUCAAUAAGUUAAAACAAAGACAGUCAAGAAUCAUUCAAAACCCACAAAAAGAAACACAUAAAUGACCAAGGGGGAAAAAAAAGUCAAAAAUAAGUCAAGAAUCAAUUAAUUAAUCAAGAACCAUGUCAAAAAAUCAAAGUCAAGAAUCAGUCAAAAAAGAAACAAGAACCACAGAAAGGACAAAGUCCAGAGAAACAUCGAGAAGCAGUCAAAACAGAGCCAAAACCAUUCCAAGAACAAACUCAAUAAACAGUUAAGUCUUGUCAAAGACCACAUCGAUAACCCCCCCCCAAAAAAUAAAUAAAAAAAAAAAAAAAAAAAAAAAAAAAACAAGCCCAGAGAAACAACAUCUCAAGAGCCAUCCAUCUAUCCAUCCCUUCUGCAUACCGCUUAUCCUCAGUAGAGCCAAUCUCGGCUAUCGUUGGGCAGGAGGUAGGAUACACUCUGAUCUGAUCGUCGGCCAAUCGUAGGGCACAGAAACAAGCAACCAUUCGCAUCUACACCAAUUUACAGUCUUCCAUGAACCUAGCGUGGAUGGUUUUUGGGUUGUGGGAGUAAACUGGAGGAGAACAUACAAACUCCACACAACCAAGUCAGGAUUUGAACUCAGGUCCCCAGAACUGGUAUGUGCUCGCCGGUCGGUCACCAUGUCAGGAGCCAGUAAAGAAACUAAAAACAGAGUAUCGGUCUGGGACCAUUUGAAGACCUUUGUCAAAAAUACCACUCGAGAACCACGUUAAGAACCAAGUGUAAGAAAAAAGAAAAGACUACCAAAGGUCACCACAAUGGUUUAUCUUCUCUCCUUCCAGUAUGAACAACCUGAGCGAGGCCUUCAGUCGCGCUCCAAUCGAAGACAACCCCGAAGACGGCAGUGUAGUGAGCAACGACUUUUCCACGACGAUUGGCGCCCUCAUCCUGGGGCUGGUCUUCUUACUCGGGGUGCCCGGAAACCUCUUCAUCGUAUGGAGUAUCCUGGCGCGCGCCCGCCGUCACUCCGUCACCACGCUGCUCAUCCUCAACUUGGCGUGCGCCGACGGCUUCCUCAUGGCGCUCACCAUCUUCUUCAUCAUCUACCUGGCCAAGCAGACGUGGGUGUUCGGCACGGCCAUGUGCAAAGGCCUCUUCUACCUGUGCAACGUUAAUAUGUACGCCUCCAUCUUCCUCAUCACGUUGAUGAGCGUGCACCGGCUGGUGGUGGUGGUGCUGCCCCGCAGGACUUCGGCCCGGCUCACCAGAAAGGUGGUGCGCCGCGUCAUACUGGGCAUGUGGCUACUCGUGGCCGUAACCGCGUUGCCCUCGUUGGUGUUCCGGGACGUGCGGGAGGACAAAGACGACCGCAACAAGACGCGACACGUGUGCGCGCCCAAUCACACGCUGCCUCGAUAUGUGAGGUUUCAGUACUCCUUAGAGACGGUGUUUGGCUUCGUCCUGCCUUACGCCGUCAUCAUCACCAGCUACGUGCUCAUCCUGAGACGCCUGCGACAGACCAAGUUCCGCCGGAAGGUGCGCAGCGAAAAACUCAUCCUGGCCAUCGUGGUGAUGUUCUGCCUUUUCUGGCUGCCGUACCACGUGAUCAACAUGAUUCAGGUGGCAGCUGAGUGGUACCCUGAGGGAUCCCCGAGACGAGAAAUACUGGAGUACAUCUACAAGACUAGUCGUGCCGUCACUUCGGCCCUGGCCUUCAUCAGUAGCUGCGCCAACCCCGUCCUGUACACCUUCGCCGGCAAGUCCUAUAUCAAGAAGAACGGCUUGGCCUUCAUGGCGCGCCUCUUCGAGGGGACGUCGCUGGACCAGACGGCCACGAAGCGGUGCAAGGACGUGACGGUCAGCAACGUGGACUCCGCCACAGCCUCGUCGUCGACACCCAACGGACGGUGA